AAAAUGGAUGCAAAAACCUUUAGAGAAUUUGGUAAAGCGGCCAUCGAUUAUGUUGCCGAUUAUAUGGAAACCAUUAGAGAUUGUGAUGUCUUACCCUCCGUCGAACCGGGUUAUCUCUUCGACUUAUUACCCAAAGAUAUGCCAGAAUCGGGUGAAGAUUGGCAUACGGUCUUAAAGGAUAUGGAUCGUGUCGUUAAGCCCGGCAUGACCCAUUGGCAGUCACCGAAUAUGCAUGCCUAUUAUCCCACAGCCUCAUCAUUCCCCUCAAUUGUGGGUGAUAUUUUGUGUAACGGUUUCAGUGUCAUUGGCUUUAGUUGGAUCUGCAGCCCGGCCUGCACCGAACUCGAAGUAGUUGUCAUGGAUUGGUUGGCCAAAUUCCUCAAACUGCCAGAACAUUUCUUGCACAGCACCGAAGGACCAGGCGGUGGUGUUAUACAAGGUUCCGCCUCUGAAGCAAUUUUGGUAGCUGUAAUGGCGGCCCGCGAACAAGCUGUCAAGCAAAUGAAGGAAUCUCAUCCCGAGAUAAGUGAAAGUGAUAUUCGUGGAAAAUUGAUAGCCUAUUCGAGUGAUCAAAGUAAUAGCUGCGUUGAAAAGGCUGGGGUAUUGGCUGCUGUGCCACUACGUCUCCUACCAGUUGGUGAUGAUUUAAUCUUUAAGGGAGAAAUUUUGCAGAAGGCCAUUGAGGAGGAUAAGGCCAAGGGUUUGAUACCAAUUAUAUGCAUUGCCACAAUGGGUACCACGGGUACUUGUGCUUUCGAUGAUAUUACCUCCCUGGCGGAGGUUUGUAAUCGCAACAAUGUUUGGUUACAUGUUGAUGCUGCCUAUGCUGGUUCGGCCUUGGCUUUGGAUGAAUAUUCGGAGCUCAGAAAUGGUUUGGAGUUGGUGGAUUCGCUAAAUUUCAAUCUGCACAAAUUCCUCAUGGUAAAUUUCGAUUGCACUGCCAUGUGGCUGAAGGAUGCCAACAAAGUGGUGGACAGCUUCAAUGUUGAUCGCAUCUAUUUGAAACACAAAUACGAAGGACAAACACAGAUCCCCGAUUUCCGCCAUUGGCAAAUUCCACUGGGAAGACGUUUCCGUGCUCUAAAAGUUUGGAUUACUUUCCGCACUGUGGGCGCCGAAGGCCUGAGGGCUAAUGUCCGCAAACACAUUGCCCUGGCCGAACGUUUCGAACAGAAACUCUUAGCUGAUCCACGAUUUGAAAUGGUUACCAAACGUUGUUUGGGUUUAGUUUGUUUCCGCCCAAAGGGUGAUAAUAAGAGGACUACAGACUUGCUGAGUCUUAUCACCGAACGUAAGAAGAUCUAUAUGAUCCAGGCAAAAUAUCGUGAUCAACAUUUCUUACGUUUUGUGGUGUGCGGCAUGGACCCUAAGGAGGAAGAUAUUGAUUUUGCCUGGCAGGAAAUCCAGCAACAAAUGAAUGUCGUGUUGGAGAGGGAAAUUGAGGCGACGCCUUUGAAGGCGGACAUUAAUUCAAUUAGUCAACAAUUAUCAAAGGAUUUGAUUUUAUCGCACUCGGAGAAGUCGAAGUGA